AAAAUCUCCUGACCGUCUCCUUGGACUAAAACCCUAAAGCUUUCCCCUCCAAAAAUACAACCGAGGUUUAAUCGUUGCAGCCGAACACAUCAAGAGACCGAAACCCAGACACCAAAAGCUCUCAACUUUCUGCAACCAUGUUGAGAGUCAAGACUCCCCAGAAGGCCAGGGCCAGAAGGGAGCUCGAGAAGCGCGCCCCCAAGCUCAUCGAGACGGGGAAGAAGACCCUGAUACUUCACGGCAUGAAAACCAGCGCCGUGUUGAACGCGGUUUUGUCGGACAUUUACCAUUUGAAGAAGGAGAGCGCCGUGAAAUUCAGCCGGAGGAAUAAGGACGUUUGCCCUUUUGAAAAUGGCGGCGAGACAUCGCUUGAGUUCUUUUCACAUCAGACUGAUUGCAGUCUUUUUGUUUAUGGUUCUCAUUCAAAGAAGCGGCCCAACAAUCUUGUCUUAGGGAGGACAUAUGAUCACCAUAUAUAUGAUCUUAUAGAGGUUGGAGUUGAAAACUAUAAACGCAUGGAUGCAUUCUCAUAUGAUAAGAAACUAUCUCCCCAUGUGGGGUCAAAGCCCUUCAUUUGUUUCAUUGGAGAAGGAUUUGAGAAUGUACAAGAGCUGAAACAUUUGAAGGAGGUUUUGCUUGAUCUGUUCCGAGGAGAGGUUGUAGAGAAACUAAAUCUUGCUGGGUUAGAUCGGGUAUAUCUGUGUUCAGCUAUAUCUGCAAACAAAGUUAUUCUUACACAGUGUGCACUGCGACUGAAAAAGUCUGGCACAGUAGUUCCAAGGACUGAACUGGUAGAAGUUGGACCCUCUAUGGAUUUGGUAGUCCGUCGGCACCGUGUUCCUAAUGAUAGCCUAAGGAAAGAAGCCAUGAGAGUAGUUAGAGAUCAGCCUAGGAAGGACAAAAAUGUUCAACAGGACUCAAUGCGAGGCAAGGUUGGCAAGAUCAAUAUUCCCGAUCAGAAGGUUGAUGACACGAAGUAUUUCCACACAAAGGUUGGAGAUUCGUAUGUUCCUCACAAGACAAAAGGAGUUAAAAGGGAGCGGCGUGAAGCUAAAUCGAAAAAGGAGGGAAAAGAGGGUGACGAGCACAUGUCAAAGAGGCAGAAGGAAGAUUCUGAGUAAUGCUUUGAGGGCAAGCAGUCUUUACUGGGUUCAAGUCAUGUUAACACUUGCUGUCAUCAACUUAACUCUUGUGCCAAGGCUAGCAAAGAUGAAGUCAAAGUGUCAUAGAUUUGAGUACCAUGGGAUCGUUAUCCUUCCCAUCUAUCAUAGAUUUAAGUUCUACGUAUUAUACAUUGUCAUGUGUUGCGUGAUUGUUUGUGUGACAAAUGACAUGUACGCUUGAAUGGUAGUGAAUCCUUUCCUAAAAUCUUUUCCGAUCUAUGAAUUUCAUUUACUUGCUCCGAAGGGAGUCUGUUGAGUGAUUGCAAGG